AUGUCUACCGAAAUCAGGAACUGGUGCAAGGAAUGUACGAGCUGUCAGUCAAACAAGGUGGGUAAACACACCAAAACGCCACUGCACCAACUUGAUAUCCCGUCGGAACGUUUCGCCUGCAUCCACGUGGACUUGGUGGGACCGAUACAUCCAGAAAACAAAGGUCACAACAUGCUUUUCACGAUCAUCGACCACUUCACUGGAUUCAUGGCAGCAUACCCACUACGAAAGUCAGGAGAGGCAGCAUCAUCCAUAUCAUGUGCAAAAAAGUUGGUCGAUUGGAUUGCACUAUUUGGACAUCCGGACACUGUAAUUUCAGAUCGAGGACCACAAUUCGUAAGUCGAAUAUGGGAUGAAGUAGCGAACAUAUUAGGAUUCAAAAAGAAGCUGACAACGGCUUACCAUCCUCAGACAAACGGAAAG